GGUCAGUAGCUGAGUGGUGUUACUGGGAGGAGGAGUGCCUGCCUACAUAUUAUCAUAAUUCCUGCGGCGACCUGCUCUCAAAAGGCGGAAGAACAAUAAAAUAAGCGAAUGGAGCUGAGGUAGUAUGAAAAACCCGUGAAGUACCCGCGAGUUGACGCUGGUUCAGGAGCGUUUCUAACAUUGUUUUGAAGGCCUGUUGCUAGCUACGGGAAAUCCUCGGGCUAGCCCUGUAGACACCGGGCCGAGGCAACGCAGAGGACCAGGACGGGAGCUCCGUGCUCUAGUUUGUGCUGUCAGUUUUUUUUAUAGACGCAAGCUGCCCUGUCGUAUAAGCAAACAAAGACGUCACCUCUCCCGCUCCACCGUGGCGGAUAGAAACCAGCUCUUUGACAGCUAGCUAACAUUAGCUCCCCUGUGUUUACAAGCUAACUCAGCCAAGAUCCCCCUGAAGAAGUUAGGCACUGAGGUGCGUUUGUUUCAGCCAGGAUUUGCAUGUUUAGCUCCUACCACCUGCCUGCCUGCUCGCUGGUGGUGAUUUGUAAGCUUGUUCUCGUCCAGUCUACCCCGACUGAAGGUCGCCAGCUAGGCAGCUAGAUCAGAAGGUCUCCUGGCUAAGGUUAUCACAUCUUCACGGUUAUCUAAGUUUGUCACCGUGUUUGAACAGGAACAAUAGACCUUACCAAAGCUAGCUUUAAACCAAUUAAAACACAGUCUCCCGAAUGAAGGCCCAUAGAGAAGUGUGGUUUUUGAUGCGGUCAGGACAUACAGGUGUAACCUGUUCUUCUUGGGAUUAUUAAUCUGACACCAGGAUCCAACAUCUGCUGCACCAGGAGCAACUGAUCUGCUUUUUUUUUUUUUUUUUAGCUCCCUUGAGCUCAAUUGCUCAAGAAGGAUCCUCUUCAAAACACACCAACAAUGAAUCGAUACCUGCCAGUGGCACGACAGCACUUCCUGGCUGCCCUUGCCAGCACCAGUGUUGUGGUCAAAAGUAUAAGUGCCGUGGUGGUCCUCCUCUAUUUGUUGUCAUGGGCAGUCGACACGCCAUACGCACUCGGGGUGACCCCAGGCUACCUCUUUCCACCUAAUUUCUGGGUGUGGACACUGGUGACCCAUGGCGUGGUGGAGCAGCACGUCUGGGGAGUGGCAGCCAACGUGGGGACAGUUAUGGCCUGUGGGCGCCUGCUGGAGCCUCUGUGGGGCGCUCUGGAGCUCCUGAUCUUUUUUGCAGUGGUCAAUGUCUCUGCAGGCCUCCUCGCUGGCCUUUCCUACCUCCUCACCUAUGUUGCCACCUUUGACCUGGACUUCUUGUUUGCUGUACGCAUCCACGGAGCAGCCGGUUUCCUGGGAGGUGUCUUGGUGGCGCUGAAGCAGACCAUGGGGGAUACUACAGUGCUCAGAGUGCCACAGGUGAGACUCAAGGCAGCACCGGCUUUGGUUCUCCUCCUCCUGGCCUUACUGCGCCUGUCUGGGCUGCACGACAGCUCUGCCGCUCUUGCUUCGUACAGCUACGGCGCCCUGUCCGGCUGGGUCUACCUGCGCUUUUACCAGAGGCACAGCCGAGGCCGUGGGGACAUGUCAGACCACUUUGCCUUUGCUAGUUUCUUCCCUGAAGCGCUGCAGCCGGCUGUGGGGCUGCUGGCAGGGCUGGUCCACGCCGCCCUGGUGAAGAUUAAGGUGUGCAGGAAGAUGGUGAAGAGAUACGACGUGGGGGCGCCGUCCUCCAUCACCAUCAGCCUGCCAGGGACAGACCCACAAGACGCAGAGAGGAGGAGACAACUGGCCCUCAAAGCCCUGAACGAGCGUCUAAAGCGCGUGGAGGACCAGUCUGCCUGGCCCAGCAUGGACGACGAGGAAGACGAUGACGACGACGAGGUCAGAACCGACACACAGCCACUUCUCCCGGGUGGACACGACCCUUCCUCUUCAACACUGAGACCAGGAGGGGGAACCAUCGGUGCCUCCCUCUCCUCCACCUCCUCAUCCUCAUUGUCGCAGAGUAGUGGAGCGACGUCCACAGGCGCAACGCAACACCCAGAGUCCAGCAUUAUCAGCUUCGAGGACGCACCUUCUAGAUCGUAACAAAUAGAACACACAUGUACAGAUACGCAAGCUCUGUUUGGUGUCACUGGCAGGUAUACUAGUGUAAUCGGUGUCCCUGACUAGUAUACGAAUAUAUUCAGUGACCGUGAUUAGGCACACACUCGAUAUCACACACGGCAACACACACAACAUCUCCGACCAGUUCAUACACACGACUUUGCGCCACAAACACUCUGUGUCGAUGUAACCAUGAAGCCCAAAGGGGUGGUAACUGUACAGUGCUUUCAGUUCAGACGUGUUGGUUGUAAACGCUCAGUGUAGUUGGGCAAACUGGACACUUAAUACUUCUCCUCUUUUCUGCAUACGACCGAAAUUCAACCAGAAAUUCUGUCUUGUCCGGACUUAAUCCCAACGUGCAGAGCUCUGUCCACUGCUUCAUGUGUCUCUCUCUCUUGCUUUCUGAAUAAAUAACAAAAUGGGUGUACAAUAUUCUUUUUGUAAAUCUCUUUCGGAGCAGCCACAGUUGUCCUCUGAUUGCCUGCCACCAGAAAGCCGCCAAUGACACUCACGCCGAAUUCUUGAUUCUUGAUGAAAGGCCGACUCUGCGCGCACCGGUUUGAUAAAGCGCCGACAACAAUGGCUGCGAUUGACAUUAGCUUUUUGGUUCAGUUGUUCUAAAUAUGUACCAAGUGUGGAACAGAGGGAGUGCGCAAAAUCUCUGACUGCUGGACCAGAAGAAAGAAGCUGCUGCAGGUCUGACCUGUUUAUGAACUAUGACACAAAACUUCAAGAUUUGAAAAGGUGCCAGGUGUAAAGGAUUUUUCUAGACCAGGUUCGUUUGCCGCCUCUGGAACAACAGGCAGAGAAAUGGACCCUGCUUUUUUUUUUUCAUCCCUCAUUUGUUCAGUGGAUAACACUUCUGUUUUUUUUCCUUCUGGGUCUGUUCACUAAACAAAAUCCAGAAAAAAACCCCAAACAAAAACACUGUUUCUGUGCACUAACACCACAUGUUAAUGGUGUUUUAUUAUGAUUCUCGUUUUCUGAAUUAUGAGUUGUUGUUUUUUAAGGUUAACUAUUCCUGGAGCAUCAUCCUGUACCCCUUUACUCUUCCAUCUUCUAGGAUCUGAAAUGAUACAAUAAUCUGCAGUAGCUGUUCAAUUAUCUGGGUGCAUAUGACGCAGAGAAGAAGUGCAGGUAUUGUCAGGGUGUAAAAUCCUAAUGAUUCAUGAGUUGCAGAUUCUAAGUUUGUAUCUGGUGCGUCACUCUGCUAUGAUUUCUUGUAUCUCUGACACUGACUCAUAGGGAUGUAUGACUCCAGAGAAGGAGGACGCCUGCGUUUGUUAGUAGUCAGCCUGGUCAGGGUUUCCCAGUCACAUCCUUUGCAUUUGUAACAUUUGCAACUUUCAUUUCACACAUGAAGAAGGAGCAUGAGGAAUCAUUUUCAGUGGAGGUUGAUGGGCAGCUAAAUUGUUUCACCUAACAAUGCCUCAUAAAUUCUAUGCAGACCAAAAAGGUCAGUGAUUCAUUCAUUUUGUGGACCUUCAUCACUGCAGAUGUCGCAUUCUAUUAUGGUAAUGACCAAAUCAUUGAAUUCCCCAUUUACCACCUGUCCUUGUUGAUUAAAGUCAGUUGCAGCCAAUAAAUUAUUUCAGAUAUUGCGUUCACUGCGGUGACAAUCUAUUAAAUUUUUUAACUUGUGAGCUUGUGAUCACAAGGUUGACAACUGUUGAAACUUCCAAAUAGUGAUGAAAGUGAAUCGCACACUUCUGCUGCUCAUUUAUUAAGGAGGAUAAAAGACAAACCUUCAUCCCUCACCCCACCCUCCUGGGAAAACUGGCCCAGUAGAUUAAGUUUCAGAUUGUUCCUGGUCUGACAGCUGUCUUUGUAGGUAACAAACCAUCUCAUAAACUAAGAAAAACUGUAAGAUCUCCUCCUGUAUCUGCCCAGAAGUAGUGACCUGUAAUUUUUCAAUUUGGUUUUGCGAUUGCAAAGUAUGCUCAUAUUUAUUAACAACCUUAUUUAAUAACCCAGAAAUGCUAUGUCAAACUUUAAUUCAUGUGUGGGGAAAUGGUGCAAAGAAAGGAAAAUAUGUAGAGGUCUGUAAGUCUGGUUUCCUAUCAGCUUCUGGGGAAACCCUCAGCCCACAGACUCUGUCUCAGUGUCUGGACUUGGCUGAUACAUUUUUAAGGUGUAGUUUUGAGGAAGAACAUCACAAGAUUUGCUUUUUUGACAGAAGCAGAAAUGGUGCUGUAUGACUUGAUUGCAGCAUUAUGUCACCAGUUUUGGAACAUGUGCUACUGUGAAAGAUCACAUUAGCAGACUGAUAUUCAAAUUUAGAACGGUUUUCAUUUUGUCUUGCCAUAGAUUCCCAACCCAUGAUAAUGUGUUAAGCUAAAGUUAUGAAGGACGGGAAGUUUAGAUUAAAUAUGUAGAUGUUGGGCUCUGAGUUUCAAGCAACGAAACGCUUUUCGCUUUUCACCUGAUGGAAACAUGAUAUGUAUGGGAAGUGAUAAGCCAUAUUAGAGUGAUUCUUGUGUGUUCUGUCCUGUGUUUCUUCAUGUUCCUUCUGCUCAUUUCACUGUGCUCUUAUUUUGGAAAGAAGAGGCCAUUAUUUAAUUAAAUCGGUAUGAGUGGGUGAUGGGAUUUACAUGAAUGACUGGACCCAGGAAUGAGAGACUUUCAGACCAGAGCUGAGUCAAAUCCAGUUUCAGUGUGGAGAAGGUUGAGCUGCACUCAAAUAAAUCUGAAAUCUCAAACUGCAUUAUGCCAUCAAGUAUUCACAGUAGCAAUGGAGGGAAAGUGUCUAAACAAACCUGUAUAUACAGUAAAUACAGUUAGUAACAGUCUCACUUUCAUGGUGCCAUUCGUACCACUUUAUCUGCAAGUUACUCUGGAAAUAGCAUGAUUUAUUUAUUUUUUUUUGUGUAGCUUAGCGGCUGGCACAACACAGCUUGAAUCAUACAAUAAAAAUGCAGCAACGCAGCAAAACACAUUCUAACAUAGACGCCUGAAGAUAACUGAAGUUGUGUAAUUUGAUAAGUGAAAAAGUUGUAGUGAUGUUGUAGUUGGCAGUCUGAGAUUUCAGAUUGAACCCAGGCAAACCUCCACACUCUUUUUUUUUUGUGUGGGUAUGCCCAUUUGUUCUGGCUGUAAACAUCUUUACGAGACAAGAAAAGAUUGCAGUUACUGUACUGUACGUAAUGCCAAUUUACAAUGGAUGUUGACAAGCUAGAAGAAUGUCGGCACUGUCACUGAGUUUGCCAGUGGCCAAACCCUUUUAGUCAAUGAGCAAGUGCUAAAAUGCUAUCAUUGUAAUGUGGCUAUGCACACGGUUCAUAAGUGUUCUUCUCCAGUACACCAGUAUCUUUAGACACUCCACAGGCAGGUAGACUGUUUUUAAGUUGCAGCAGGUGCUUUCUCAGUUCUACUCAAACUAUUUGAUUUUCACUGUCAAAGUGGCUGAUGGAGAGGAUGGAAAACACAGAUUUAUCUGCAUCUAGCUGCUGAUCAUGUCCCACUUGGAUGUCCAGUUUCUCUAAAAUACUAAUUUUAAACUUGUCUGUCUUUAUUUGAGGCGGGAUUCAUAUGUUGCUAUAAUGAACAGUGCCUCUGUACUUUUAUUUCUCCUGUACUGGUUUUCAGAACCCGUUCCCCCGAUUGUGAAGUCUCAUUUUUUGUGUUAUAUUUAUUUAUAUAAAGUCAUGAAUUUAGUUAUGUGACGACAUCAGCAUAACAGAGUCAUAAUCACUUGGAGUGGUUGGAUUAUGAGUUGAAAGGUUUAUUCAUCUUUCAGCCACUUUGGCAGGCAAUAAAUCGGAUUAAAAUGUGAUUGUUUGGUGAGUGACACCAGCUUCAUGACUUGUGGAUGAAAGCUGCUUUUUCUGCCCUAAAAUGAAUGACGGAUUACAGUUGAUUGAUUCACAGCAAUGUUUUGGGUUUAAUUUAAUUUUGUUUUUUUGUUUUUUUAUAGUUCUCACUUCUUUCAUUUUACUUGUCUGUCCCUACUUUUGCAGCAACAGAUCUUGUUGAUACUAAUGGCAGUCUAUUUCCCUCCCUCUCUCUCUCUCUCUCUCUACUGUGGCUGUCGCACAGACUUUUCUGUUUUAGUUUUCAGAUAUAUUUCUUUAUCUCUAUAUGAAAUAAAAGACAAUUGUAUGAAAUGAAA